GCGGCUGCGCAGAAGACGUAACAGCCGGGCUUCGGCGGGGUUUCCACGGACCGCCGCGGCGGCCAUUAACGGCGGGGGGGCGUGAGGCAGGGAUCGAUGUCUCGGCGCUCGGCAGGCGGCGGGCGCCAUGGCGCUGAGCGGGGUGCGGGUGCUGGAGCUGGCGGGGCUGGCGCCGGCGCCGCUCUGCGGCAUGAUCCUGGCCGACUUCGGGGCGCGCGUGGUGCGCGUGGACCGCGCGCCGCGCUCCGCCGUGGCGGCCGACGUGCAGGGCCGCGGCAAGCGCUCGCUGGCGCUCGACCUCAAGCGGCCGGCGGGCGCGGCGACGCUGAGGCGGCUCUGCCGCGCGGCCGACGUGCUCGUGGAGCCCUUCCGCCACGGUGUCAUGGAAAAACUCGGUCUUGGUCCAGAGGUUCUUUUGCAGGAGAAUCCCAGACUCAUCUAUGCUAGACUCACUGGAUUUGGCCAGACAGGAAAAUAUGGCAAGUCUGCAGGUCAUGACAUCAAUUAUUUGGCAUUAUCAGGUGUGCUGUCAAAGCUGGGUAGAAAAGAUGAAAAUCCUUAUGCACCUGUAAACCUUUUGGCUGAUUUUGCUGGUGGAGGUGUCAUUUGUGCGAUGGGCAUUAUUAUAGCCCUAUAUGAACGUACCAAAUCUGGCAAAGGGCAGAUUGUUGAUGCCAGUAUGGUAGAAGGAGCAGCAUACCUGAGUUCUUUUCUGUGGAAAUCACAAAAUUUAGGUCUUUGGAACAGACCCCGAGGUGAGAACUUACUAGAUAGUGGUGCUCCUUUUUAUGAAACCUACAAGACCUCCGAUGGAAAAUAUAUGGCUGUUGGUGCCAUUGAGCCUCAGUUCUACGAACAGUUAAUAAAGGGUCUUGGGCUAGAUUCAAAUAAACUUCCUAGUCAGUUGAGUUUCUCUGACUGGCCCAAAAUGAAGAAAAUGUUUGCAUCCAUAUUUGCACAGAAGACACAAACUGAAUGGUGCAGCAUAUUUGAUGGCACUGAUGCCUGUGUGACCCCCGUUUUAUCUGUUGAUGAUGCUGCCUCGCAUCAGCAUAACAAACAAAGAGGUUCUUUUAUCAAAAACGAUCAGGAAGAGAUAAGUCCUAGACCUGCUCCUCUUCUUUCACGCACCCCUGCUGUUCCAUCUUUUAAAAGAGAUCCCUUUAUAGGAGAACACACGGAAGAGAUACUUCUAGAAUACGGAUUUACUAAGCAAGAGAUUGCUAAACUUCAUUCUGAUAAAGUAAUAGAAUUCAGUAAACCAAAAGCUAAUUUAUAAUCUCUAACUAUGCAAAUCAGAAGAAUUUCAGGCUGAUGCAGUAAGAUUUUAUGCAUUAAAAUUGAAUUAUAUGACAAAUAAAUGUUUGUAUGGUAUUGCUUUUAAAUGAAUGUUUUAAAUGAAUGAAGUUUAAAUUUAAUUGAAAGCAGUGGGGGUGAAGUACCUGUAUACCUGGGUGGCUUGCGCUGGAGUACACAAACUGUGUUCCUAAUAAGUCUAGAACGUUACUGAAAUUGUGUCGUGAAGAUCUACACUGUUUAUUUUACUAAGCAGAUGUAAAUCCUCAUAAUGUUUCUUUAAAUAGCAUAUACUGUGAAAUGUUUGUUUCUUUUAAUUCUUAGUUACAGUGUUGCUUUGUAAUAUAUUUUGUAAUUACCUGAAGGUAGUACUUUUCAUAAAAUAUAUGCUUCAUAAAUGGG